UUUUUUUUUUUUGUAAUUUUAUGGGUGGUAAAACCUCUGCACCAUUCGUCUUCUCUUACUGCCAUCUAUCAGGGAAAAAAGCCUUGUCUGGGUUAUUGUAAUUAUUGAUUCUUCUUCUUCCUCCUCUCUAUUUCAACCAUCCCUACCAACACAACAAUGCAGCCAUAGUUUUUUUUUUCUCAGAUUAGAAAGAAAGAAGAUAAUCUACAGCUACAGCUUCACUCUGUAUUUCCUCGCACGACCAGCAAAAAAGGAAAAGCUUCAAAGAAAGAAAGAAAGGAACAACCAACAAACUAAUAAAGGGUUACCUAUAUGGAUUUUCUCAACUGUUCUUUCUCUUUGAUCCUCAGCUUGAUUCUGCUAGAGCUCUCAAGAGGUGUUUCAGGUACCACAUUCACAUUUGUAAACAAAUGCGACUACACAGUUUGGCCUGGAAUUUUAGCCAAUGCAGGAAGCCCCAAAUUAGAUAGUACAGGUUUCGAGCUUGCAAAGGGCAGUUCUCGUUCCUUUCAGGCUCCAACAGGCUGGUCUGGCAGGUUCUGGGGCAGAACAGGCUGCAACUUCGAUGGGUCUGGCCGGGGCAGCUGUUCCACCGGGGACUGUGGCUCGGGCCAGAUAGAAUGCAACGGGGCGGGUGCGGCCCCUCCGGCGACUCUGGCCGAGUUCACCCUUGGCUCAGGUAGUCAGGAUUUCUACGAUGUUAGCCUGGUUGAUGGGUACAAUCUACCAAUGAUUGUGGAAGGAAGUGGUGGGCAGGGUACGUGUACAUCCACCGGGUGCGUGACCGAUUUGAAUCAGCGGUGUCCAACCGAGUUAAAAGUUGGAGAAGGUGACGCAUGUAAGAGUGCUUGUGAGGCGUUUGGGACACCGGAGUACUGCUGCAGUGGUUCCUUCAAUACGCCUGCCACAUGCCGGCCGUCGGUUUAUUCCCAGAUGUUCAAGUCGGCGUGCCCGAAAUCAUAUAGUUAUGCGUAUGACGACGCUACAAGUACGUUUACUUGUACAGGGGCAGAUUACACCAUUGCGUUCUGUCCUUCAUCUUUAACAAGUCAGAAAUCUUCGAGAGAAUCGACGCCAAGAGCAGGGACUUCAUCAGAUGGGUCUGGAUCGGGAACAGGGUCAGGGUCAGGGUCAGGAGCAGAAGCGAUGCUGGCGGACGACUCAUGGUUAGCAGCCUUGGCCACUGGGGGCUCAACCAGGAUCCUCUCUUCUUCUGCUCUCCGGCAAACUUUAAUCACUGCUACAACCACCAGUAGCAUCUUGAUUCUCUCCUUCCUUCGUUUGUAGUGUCUCUCAAGAGGGACAAUUACAAUUAUUGUCGGCAAUGGAGAUCACCGUGACCGCCCCUCAGAUUGACAGCAUUGUUGGGUUGGGAAGUAGGAACUGGACAAUUGGGGGUUGGGGGGGAUUAAAAGUUAGGAAGGAGAACCGACAAAUUCCAGAUUGUAAGCCAUCCAUUUUUAGAUUUCUCAUAUUUUUAAGUAAUGUCACGUAUAUACAACAAGUCUAAAGAAAAAUUUUCCUUUGCCUGCAAAAGUAUAAUGUAUUCUUCUUUUUUAACUCUUAAGAUUAUUCUGUAAUUGUGGAGCUAAA